UGGAAAUCGGAAUUGCUGUCUCGGAGGGGUGAAUUCUUGGGUGCAUCUCUUCAAUCUUUUUGCGUAUCUCUAUGCCCUAACGGCAUCUCCAAUUAUUAAAGUUCUACAAACCUUUUUUUAUGCUCCCAAUAUGUCAUAUCAUGUCACAUUAAUAUUCUAAAAAUUUAUUGAAACAUCUCCAAUAGUUAUAAAUGAUUUAAAGCUAUAAAUGAUAAAUGAUUCAUAUAUGGGCCAAUUCAUAACAUGUAAUUGCAUAACUAUAUACAUAUUACAUCAAUUUCAAAAUAAAAUAGCAGUUUUAAAAUUUCAGUAUUGCUCUUGAACUAUAAACUUAGCACCCACAAUGGUUAGAAUUUUUGUAUUCAGCUUUUUCAUUUCAAAACCUUGCAUUGGAAUGCCCAGUUUGGCUUCUUACGAAUACACCACUAUUACUUAAAUAUGUGAUGCUUUUGAUCCACCGGCUUCUUUAAUUAAUAGUAUAUCUCUUUUAAUUUUUUUCCUCAUACAUAUAUUCGUUCUCUAAUCUUUUGUUAUUAUUUUACCCCAAGGUCUUCAAUGCAACUCCGAAACAUCGAGCUGCAGCUCCAUAUCCAAUUAUACUAUUUGUUUACUUUAUCUAAUAUUUCUCAAUCGUGUGCAUAUGUAUUUAGUUUAAUAUGCAACUCUACUGGUGUCCUGUUUGAUGAUUGACCUUCGGGAUAGGGAUGCACUGAAGAAACUUUUUGCUACAACCAAAUUUGAUGCUGUUAUACACUUUGCCGGAUUGAAGGCAGUGGGAGAAAGUGUUCAAAAGCCCUUGCUUUAUUAUAACAAUAACAUUAUUGGCACAAUCAUUCUCUUAGAAACGAUGGCCGAGCAUGGAUGCAAAAAGCUUGUAUUCUCAUCAUCAGCUACUGUCUACGGUUGGCCAAAGGAAGUGCCGUGUACAGAAGAAUUUCCCUUAUGUGCUACAAACCCUUAUGGACGAACUAAGCUCAUGAUUGAGGAGAUUUGCCGUGAUAUCCAACUCGGUGAUGGUGAAUGGGACAUAGUUCUACUGAGAUACUUCAAUCCUGUUGGCGCUCAUCCUAGCGGAUUCAUAGGCGAAGAUCCUCGAGGAAUUCCUAAUAAUCUCAUGCCAUUCGUGCAACAAGUGGCUGUCGGGAGGAGACCUGCUCUCACGGUUUUUGGAAAUGAUUAUUCAACUAAAGAUGGCACAGGGGUAAGGGAUUACAUUCAUGUGGUCGAUUUAGCAGAUGGGCAUAUUGCAGCCGUAGAGAAACUAUUUCAGAGUAAUAAAACAGGUUGCGAUGUCUAUAAUUUAGGAACUGGUAAGGGAACAUCUGUCUUGGAAAUGGUUGAAGCAUUUGAGAAGGCUUCUGGAAAGAAAAUUCCUCUGGUAAUGGCUGGAAGACGACCAGGUGACUCUGAGACUGUUUAUGCAUCUACCAGCAAAGCAGAGAAAGAGCUUAAUUGGAAGGCAAAAUAUGGCAUCGAAGAGAUGUGUAGAGAUCAAUGGAAUUGGGCUAGCAAGAAUCCAUGGGGAUAUGGGAAACCAAACGAAUCCGCCGACCCAUCAACAUAACUCGAUCAAUUCAACGAACUUAGUAUCUGAAAGUGGAUUUCUUUCUUCUUUUUCUUCUCCUUCUUUAGUAGCCACUGUUUGUCAUUUUUUAUAUCUCUCGUUAUUUCUGUUAUGUUUUCUAGUUGGUCAACUUGCCUGCCAUGUUUUAGCAUAAAGAGGCAUGUUUGGUUCAUAAAAUAAAAUAAAAUAUUAA